AUGCACAUCGAACGCCGCAUCAGCUUGUGGCACCACGUCUUCCAGACCACUCCUAGCAUAUACCCGACGCCUGAAGGUCGACUGGAGGCUCAUCUCCGAUACGUAUUUCGUCCAUACCCUUUCGACUUCCGCAACCAGAUUGGCAGUGGAAUUGAGGACCGGGACGUCACCAAAUCUUUGGUCCCUUGGAUAGCAGAGGCGCUGGCACUGGAGCCCGCUGGCAUGCCAAAGGGGUCGUUCCAACUAGUCUUGGAUGGUGACCCCGCCCCCACAAGGUGCUCGGAUAUGUGGCAGAAACUCCAGUACGAUGCCCAUUGGCAAGCAGUCGAACACCAGGCAUGGGAACGAGGCCUGGUCCCCGGCCGGGUCCCCGACGGCGACAACGAUUAUGCUUGA